UUAAAUAACUUGAAUAGAAAAUAAUAUAGUUUUGACUCAUGUGAAACGCUUGCUGAUUAUUAGGACAGAGAAUGAUCUCAUGUGGAACUCAGCUAAGUCUUGCACGUCUAAAUCGGUUCAAACUAUCUGUUAAAACUACUUCUGGCCUUCAGCUUUCUGCUAGCUUAUUCGCCACAUACGCUAUUUGCAGAAAGUAUUGUUUAUGUUGUCAGUGGUUACGCCAACAAUCUGGCACCGGAACUAAUAUGUUUACGAAAAAGAAACCUGACAUUCCUCCUAGACCGAAAAUUCCGACGGUGGAACAAAUAAUCGAGGACAUCGAACACUCUUCUCCUGAUGACAGCUUGUUUCAGAGAUCAUUCGCUGGUGACGUGAAACAAGACUUACUCGCUCAACAAACUGAAGCGGACACUGUUUACACUAUGGUGAAAGAAUUUGUAGAUAUUAAUACUAGUCUUAAGGAAACACUUCAUAAACUGCAGGACCAGAAUGAAGCUCUGAAAAUAAGUGACCUUGAGUUAAAAGCUAUGGCUGAAGACAUUCGCAAACAAGCUUUGGAUGCUCUUCAAUGACAGCAAUUUUCAUACGUGUCGUAAAACAUUGAAGAGAUUCAUGGACUUGUGCAAAAUGUGAUAUGUAUACGGAAGCACCUGAAGAUGAUGUAAUAGAGUCUAGAUUUGUGAUAGUGUCUAGAUAUCUAUUGUCGAGAGGCUUCUGUGAAGAUGCAUUUUUAUCAUUGUAAAAAUUCUUUUUGAGUAAGUUGUUAUUUUCGUUAUGCUUUUUUUUUUGUUGAUGUUUGUACGUUGAAUGUUGAGCUUUGUUUUGUGUUUUGAAUGGGGUGCAAUUCGGCCUCACUGAUACUUGGUGGACUGAUGUAGUGGGCCAAAUGCAUUUCAAAGGCCAAUCAAACUGGCCUGGGGCAUUGUUAUGAUGUGCUGAGUCCUCUGCCCUCUUUACAUUUGCAUCUGGUCUCUCAUACCAAGCCACCUAGGCGCGUCACUUUGUGUGACUUUUCUGUGUCACUUUUAUUUCUUGGCAGGCUUUGUUUGAAGUUGGGAUGUGAUUGACAACUCCUGCAAUCUUACUUGUCAUCAGGGUUUUAAUAAUUAUAGUAAUAUUCAUGUUGUAGAGAUAGAGAUGUAACACAGAUAAAAGUUCUAAAAUUUAA